GCGUCUAACACUUCAACCGAUAAUGCAAAAAUGGUGCAACUUAUGGAUGAAAAAUUGAAAACCGAUACGCGAAAAGAUAGUGCUGUUGAACUCAACUUGCUAACUGAAUCGAGAUUGGAAGCUCCAACGGAAGAGUGUACACAGGAACAACCUAAAACUGCUGAAGAGACGAGUGAUAGCAAUAAAAGAGAGAUCGAUGCCGUUGAACGGGAUAUGCCGCUAACUGAUGAUGUGAGAUGUGGUUUUUGGUUUUUCAAAAGCACUUUCUUCCAGAGAUUCGCCAAUCAAACAACAUAUGUAAUACUCUAUGGAUUAGUGGGCUGCGUGCUCUCCAUGACUUAUGCCUACUUCAAUGGCACGUUGACCACACUUGAAAAACGCUUCAAGAUACCUUCAAAGAAUACGGGCAUAAUUUCGAUUGGAAAUAACCUCACUCAAAUGUCUGUAUCGGCUAUGCUAAGUUACUACGCCAGCAAAGGGCAUCGACCGCGUUGGAUCGGAUUUGGCAUUAUGACAUUUGUCGGAUUCUGCGUGCUAAAUGCCUCGCCGCAUUUUCUAUAUGGCCCCGGCAAAGACGCCCUCGCACUUACAGCCGAAUUUGGUGGCGUUGUUAAUGAAAAUACCACUCAGGAUGUGUUGGAAAAGCAACGCGCCAAGGAGUUAUGUCGCGAUCGCAGCAAUGAGACCGCUUGUGCACUCGAAGAGGGUAAUUUCGCACCACAGGCGGUACUUUUUCUAGCGCAAGUCGUAUCUGGCAUUGGUGGUGGACUUUACUAUACGCUCGGCAUAUCCUACAUGGAUGACAAUACGAAGAAGUCGAAAACGCCGGCGCUAUUAAGCUUGUCGUACUUCUUCCACAUGCUGGGCCCCGCCAUAGGCUACUCUUUGGCCUCAUUCUGCCUCCGUGUCUAUAUCGCACCGCAAUUGAAACCAUUAAUUAAUAAUAAAGAUCCGCGUUGGUUAGGCGCCUGGUGGAUGGGUUGGCUGCUGCUGGGUUCUGCACUCUUUAUAUCCGGUUUAAUAUUCAGCAUGUUACCACAAGAACUGCCACGUGCAAAAGCUCGCCGUCUUGUAAAGGAACGCAAACGGAGAGAGGCAAAUGCAUCGAAAGCCGAUGCAGGUGAAGAACCCGUUGUAGCCAAGGCUUCUUUACGUGAUAUGGUGGUCACAUUCAAACGCCUCGCCAUGAAUAAGACGCUGAUAUGUAAUAAUAUUUCGUCGAUCUUCUAUUAUUUCGGUUACACGCCUUAUUGGAUUUUUACGCCGAAAUAUAUUGAGGUGCAAUAUCGACAAUCGGCUGCGACGUCGAGCAUGGUCACCGGCACCGUGGCUUUGGCUUUCUCCGCUCUUGGCGUACUCAUUUCCGGUUUCGUCAUAUCGAGGUUUAAACCCAGCGCUCGUUAUAUGGCCGCCUGGAAUGUACUCGUUGGUUUGCUUUCCGUUGCCGGUUGUAUUGCUUAUGCUUAUAUUGGUUGCCCGGGGAAUGAACAGUCCAUGGUUGUCAAUAUACCAGCGAGUGGUCCUAACAGCGAAUCCACCUGUAAUUCCGCAUGUUACUGCGAUUAUGUGCCCUUUUCACCGGUUUGCGGUCAGAAUAAUAUGACCUAUAUAUCACCAUGCCAUGCCGGUUGCAGGCGUUCAAUAACUGAUGAUAGCGGUGCCAAGACUUUUACUGAUUGCGGCUGUAUCUCUAGAGCUGCGACGACGACAAACCAUGUUAAGCGCUCAUUUUUAGAAUCUCUGAAUUUGACAGAGAGCGAAUUGUUCACAAGCUCCAGUAAUACAAUGAUCGAAGCAACAACAAUCAAAGCUUUAACAGCAACAGAGAUGAUAACAAAUGAUGGAUCCCCUGCUACCGCAAUAACAAAAUCCUCAUUCGGUGGUUACGCCACUCCAGGCGCUUGUCCCGUUAACUGUUUUAAGCAAUUCGUGCUGUUUUUGUCAGUCAUGUGUCUAUUAAAGUUCAUAGGUGCCACUGGACGCGCCUCGAACUUCUUGGUCACGGUGCGUUGUGUGUCGGAACAGGAUAAAGCCGCUGCCAUGGGUUUUGGCAUGAUGUUGGCCUGCAUGCUGUCCUUUAUACCCGCUCCGAUAUUCUUCGGCUGGCUGUUGGAUAGUAUGUGCUUGGUGUGGGGCAAGACGUGCAGCAACAAAGGCAAUUGCUGGCUAUAUGAUCCACUCGCUAUGAGAUACAUUCUCAAUCUAACGGCAGGUGCAUUCAUUUUUGUUGGCACUGUUUUUGAUGGCGGGGUCUGGUUCUUAGUAAAGAAUCUUAAAAUCUUUGAUGAAGAGAAACAGAACACUGAAGAAGGCACCAAAGAAGAGAAGGAUGUUAUGCUUUUUGAAGAAAAAGACUAAAAAUGUGUUAAGUGUUUAUAUACUUUUUUAAUGUUUAAACAUUUUUAUAAAUUUAUGCAUAAUUUUAACGACUCUAAAGCAUAUAAAAAGGC